AUGAGGCACUUGCGUUCAAUAUAUGCUGAGCUGUAUUUAAAGGGAUCUUAUCGUGCAAGAUAUCUGCCGCGUGUUAGUCGUCAUAGAAGACCGCAUGUGAUUGCUUGGGCAGGACCAGCAGCAUUUUAUCGGAAUAGGUUGGUGAAUAGAGGGGCUUUGACGGAAGUUACAGAGGCGAGUUAUUUUGUUGGUUUUCAUAUAGUUAGAAAGAGAGUUGGUUGCUCAGACCCACUUUUGCAAAAUAAGGCUGAUAAGUGGUAUAAAGCACGAAUAGAAAGACCUGAGAAGUUGCCACAUUUGCAUAUUAUUGACCCAGACGCAUAUUUACAAACCCUGGAAGGAAGAAUAAAAGAUACCUAUUUAACGCGAAGUAACAUCGGCUUUAAAAAUCGAGUCUCGCAGUUCAUUUCCGAAAAUAGUGCUGACAGAGAAAUCGAAAAACAGGCUCAAAGAAGGAAAAGUAAUGUUGUGGUCGAUUUAAAUAUCGUUGAUCAUUACUGCCACUCGGUUCUUAAUCAUUUUGGUAUAUUUGAAUCGUUGUUCAAGACAGAAGUUUUCUUUAACAACGCUCAGCGUAUGAAGAUUAGUUAUGGUAAUGAUGUUGUGUAUUUAGGAAAUAUUCUGCCUGCUGAAGUCACAGAGAGAAGGCCACAGGUUGAAAUUGAACCACUGAGUGGUGGGUACAAUACUCUUUUGGCUCUCAACCUGGACGGUAACCCAUAUGAGGAGGGAACUGAACUGCUGCAUUGGAUGAUAUCGAACAUUAGUAAUUGUAAAAUUAUUGGUUCUGGUUGUGAGGAAGUACCUUAUCUACAAGCAGUUCCUUUUAGAGGCACUGGUUUUCAUCGAUUUCUGUUUUUAUUGUUCCAACAUGGUACAGUAAUUGAUUCUGCCAAAUACAGGCUUGAAAGUUCAGCUCUCAGUGCUAGGACAUUUUGCUUAAAGCAGUUCUACAAGGAUAAUGAAGAGCAUCUUAUCCCAUCUUCUGUCGCUUUUAGCCAAGUUGGAUGGGAUAUAUCUGUCGACCGUUGCCUGCGUGAAAUAGGUUCCAAAGUGCCCAACUACGUAUACAGUUUUGCUCCUUCGUUGAAAUUAAAGCAGAAGGAAUUUCCAAACAAACCGCUGCCUUUUGAUUUAUACUUGGACCAGUUUCGGGAUCCGGUUGAGAUGGAGACAGAAAUCCUGAAAAAGCGAUUAUCAGCGCGGGGACUCCGUAAAAACCCGAGACGUCCAAAAUAUCCAGAUAUAAACUACAAUGAGAAUAAAAGGAUUUUGUCUUUUUGGCAACACGAAAGGUUGUUAAAACAAAAUGUUGGUGCGGGAAGGUUCUCUGCUCUCUGGAAUAAUCGGAUCGACUGA